ACGAGGCUUGUUUGACACGUCAUCACUCAUGCACAUUGCUCAUCUUCUUCUUCCCCAAUAAAACUCGGAGAGAACAAGAAACAAAAUUUAUUACAGACUCUGUUUGAUUUUGAUUUCCUCUCACUUCCCCCACUUUCGAACGUUCCUCAGUAUCGUUGGGAUUUCAAAUUCUGUUGGCGGAUUAGAUUUCAAAAAUCAAACUUUUUUGUUUUUUUCUGUUGAGGUUGUGAUCAUAUAUGUUUGGAAUUCGAAUAAAGAGCGGUUUUAUCGGGAGCUUUGCUGAUUGAUGACGAGCUCUAACCUCGAUGCCCAAAAUGCCGUUUUACUUUGCUCGUGAGGCUCCUAAGUUGUGGAGGAAAAUAUGCAAUGAGUCGUCAACUGAAGCUUCGCUUCUUGCUGGGAAUUGGAAGUUUGUUCUUGCUGGUCUCAUUUGUCAGUAUCUUCAUGGACUAGCUGUGCACGGAGUUCAUUAUCUACAUCGGCCAGGACCAAUACUUCAGGAUGCUGGCUUCUUUUUACUCCCGGAACUUGGACAAGACAAAACUUAUCUGAGUGAGACUCUGUUUGCUGUUGUAUUUUUUUCUUUUAUCUUGUGGACAUUUCACCCGUUUGUUUUUCAGAGCAAAAAAAUCUAUACAGUUCUGAUAUGGUGCAGGGUACUUGCUUAUUUAGCUGUGUCUCAGUUUCUCCGGAUCAUCACCUUCUACGCCACUCAGCUUCCUGGUCCAAACUAUCAUUGCCGCGAGGGCUCAGAACUUGCCAGGCUGCCCCCUCCGAAGAGUGCACUUGAAGUGCUCUUAAUCAACUUUCCCCGAGGUGUUAUGUAUGGCUGUGGUGAUUUGAUUUUUUCAUCGCACAUGAUUUUCACUUUAGUAUUUGUGCGCACAUUUCAGAAAUACGGAACAAGGAGGUGCAUCAAGCAGUUUGCUUGGUUAGUUUCUGUGAUUCUAAGUGUCUUGAUUAUAGCAUCUCGUAAACAUUACACCGUUGAUGUUGUUGUUGCCUGGUACACUGUAAAUUUGGUAGUUUCCUUUGUCGACCAAAAAUUGCCAGAAUUGCCUGAUCGGUCCUUGGGUUCUACAUCUCCACCGCUACUACCAACGAGUACCAAGGAUAGGGAUAGCAAAAACAGAGAAGAGCUUGAAAAAUUCAGGAAUGGAAAUUCUUCUGACAUCAGCACACGGGUCUGAAAAAUUAGUAAAUAUUCUCAGUCCUAUCCAGUUUGUCUUGUCUUGUGGAUGCUUUUCUCCGGAUUGUAGGUCAGAGAAGCCGACAUCUUCAGGAUAUCAACAUACUUACCAGUAUAUGGUAAAUAGAUGAGCAGCACAAGCUGAAGAUGGCUUUGCUGCUGUUAGUCUUAGGUAUGCGCUUAAAUUGUUUCAAUAGAUGCAAUCUCUUUUGUUGAGUGAGGCUGAUGAACCUGAUUUGUAUUAUUUGCUGGAAAUUGAAUGGAGUUCUUUUUGUAACACCCUUAGGAGUUCCACUAUUUCAGUGUUGAAUGUCACAUUGUCACCCAUAUCUUAUUGGCGCAGUUCACUUUCUUA